GAUAUUGGCUCGCGCUCAGUUAAUUGGAUUAUUAUUUAUUAAGGUCAUAAGGACACGUAUCAUAAAAUUGAGGGUAUUUAUGAAAAUCUCUUCCAGACGGACCUAUUAUUAUUGAUGAAUUUCUUCAAGUCCCAAUAAAGUUACACAAUGGCUCUUUUGGAAUGGAAACUAUCACUGUUACUCCUGCUGAUAGUGCAUGUUGCUCAUCAGGCCCCACUUGAUCCAAAAUCACCCGAUGAAGAGAAAGCAGAAAAGCUCGGUGAGGAGAUCAUCAACAAGGCUGAAGGAGAUGGACUCGCUGAUCUAGGCCUAGAAUAUGAAGGCUAUCUCCGAGAAGUCAUCCAAGUUUUGGAAGCCGACCCAGAAAUGAAGAGUCACAUGGAUGAGAUGGACACCAAUGAUUUACUGUCUGGUAAAUUUGGGAAGCAGUUAAACAACGUUGGAAGUCACAUCCGAAGUCAGUUGGAUGAGCUGAAGAAAAAAGAGAUCCAGCGUCUUCGGGUCAUCGCCAGAAAGGCCAUGGAACAGCAAGCACUCGGGAAGGGGAAGCCGACGGAUCAGAAGUUCUUGGACAACCUCAUCGGGCAUCUUGAUCCAUCGUCAAUGGAAUCUUUCAAUCCCGACGAUAUUACUAAACUCAUACAGAAGGCGACCAAAGAUCUGGAGGAGAAUGACCGUGAGAGGAGGAAAGAGUUCAAACGAUACGAGAUGGAGAAAGAACUAAAGAGGAGAAACGAGAUGAAGAUGAUGAACGAAGAAGAAAGAGCUGAGGCAAGGAGGAAGUACGAAGAGGAAAGGAAACAAAUGAAACAACAUGCUAAGCUCAACCAUCCGGGAAGCAAAAAGCAAUUGGAAGAGGUUUGGGAGAACACCGAUCAUUUAGACAAGAAAGAUUUCAACCCUAAAACGUUCUUCUUUUUACACGACUCAAACAGCGACGGCUUUCUUGACGAGUUUGAACUAGAGGCUCUCUUCAUAAAAGAGGUGGAAAAAAUCUACCAGGGCAAGAAAAAUGCGGACGUUCAGGAAAAGUUUGAGGAAUUGUCCCGCAUGAGGGAACAUGUUGUCAAUCAGAUUGAUGGCAACAAAGAUAAGAUGGUCAGUUUAGAGGAAUUCAUGGAGGCAGCAGCGGCGUCAGACUUUGAUGAAGACGAAGAAUGGCAGGAUAUUAAUCAAGAAUCACAAUUUACAGAACAGGAUUUAGAGAAGUACCAGGACGAGUUGAGGAGAACAUUAGAAGAAACCAAGGCCAAGAUGGCCGAAGCUGGAGAUAACUUUGUUAGAGUUAGGCAGUCUCCUGGGCAAGAUACAGUUCAAAUGAACCAGGCCCAAGCUCAUCAGGUCCAAGAUGGUCUAGCACAAGGAGAUAAUAAGAUACGAUUCGAAGGAGGCUCACAACAAGUUCGGCACGAUCCGCCAGGCAGUAUACCACUCUCAAACCAGCAACCCGCGCAACCCCCCGCAGAUCAGCCACGCCACCCACCAGCUGAGCAACCACCAGCAGCAUCGGAUGGGCAGCAAUAGCAGCAACAAAAUCAGCCCCCACCACCAGUGCAACAGCAAUAAUCUAUGGAUUGCCAGUGUUGCCAUUCUACAACAUCUAUUUGAAGGUGCAUUUUUUUUAUUCAGCAAUAUAUCUAUGGUGACGGUAUGCACUAUUACAGCAAAAGCAGCCACAGACUCAAUCCAGUAGAGAGCAAUUGGUUUUUAUAUUAAUGGCACCACUUCAUUCUCAUGCAGUUUCUUUCUUUAUCAACAUUCUAUGAUCAUGUUCAACCAUAAAUUAAUAUUUGCUUUGGUGUUACCUUAGACCCGGGGCCGUUUCAUAAAGCUGUCCGUAAGUUAAGAGCGACUUUAAGAACGACUGGUGAUCCUUCCUUGUGGUAAAUGGUAUACACCAGAAUGUUCAUUGGCGGAAGAAAGGUUUACCAGUCGUUCUUAACUUACGAACAACUUUAUGAAACACCCCCUGUAAUCUUUUUAAAUUUUCAAACUCUAGCAUGAAGCUACUGAUAAUCAACUCAGGCACCCUUAUACCAAAGCAUGUGUCGCAAGAAACUCAAUUUGCCAUCGAUUGCAAGUCCAUUAUAGGUCAUUAAAUCAAUCAGAAGUCUUUUGAUUGAUUGCAAAUUUGCAAUAGAUGUAUUGUCUGCAUCUUGCAUCCGAACGUAUACAAUUUAUACUUUUUGACAGAUUAACUUCAACUACAGCAAAACAAUUUAAUUUUUUGCUGUGAAAUUAAUCUGUCACUUGUAAAUUUGCAUUUGAUUGCAAAUAUUUUUUUAAAAAAGUUGUUCAUAAAUAUUUUGUUGCAACACCCUUGUAGUCUUUAACCAGAAAUCCCACCAAAAAGGUGUUGUGUUUUUCACAGUGGCGUGCCUGCAUUCCUCUCAUCACUUCCUCUAUGGGGACAUUUAGGAUUAGCGAUGAAAAUAAACCCGAGUGUGUAAUCCCUGCAAGAAAGACAGAGCUCUCACUUUCCUUUGCAUCUUCUUUUGUGACUAAGUACAAAUAAAUGUUUUUGGGGGAGUUUGGUAGCUCCCCCCCCCCUUUUCAUCAUUUCAUAAAACCCAUAUCUGCCAAAUUAUUUUCAAAGGUGGUACAUGUAUUGGCAACCAUGAAAUAACAUCCAUUUAUUCAGAUGAUCCAGUAAUUAAAAAAGCAAUGAAACAAUAUAUGUGUGUGCAUUGAGAGUUCACAAUGUAGAAUUCUAUUGAAAUUGAUGCAACUUAAGUAUGAAUUUGACGCAUACAUGUUAGUACACUAAUACAUGUAGGUGUAUGUGACAAUCGACUGUGCACGUUGGACAUACAUGUAACUGCCAAAUUAUGUAUCCAGCAUUGAUAUCGUUAUUACUAUUUGUACAUGUAUGCCAAUCAUAACCUAUAAUCGGGAGCAUUACUCAUCAAUGAAAGUGUAUAAAGGGAUUAAUGUUACCCAUCGAUGGAGGUGUAUGUGGAGUAGAGAAAAUUGUUGCAAGGCUAUACUGAACAUACGUAUUUUGGUAAUCGGGAAAUGAGAGAUAGGUAUUAUUUGUAUAUUUAGCAUUCAUGUAGAUUGUAUGUUUUAUGUUAAUUUUUUUAGAUGUCUUUAAAAUGUUUUAUUCAACCACCUAUAUAUAAAGACUUACUUGACAGUAGCUCAUAGGGAAGGGAAGUAGCCAGGGGCUAGAGGUGAUCCCCCCUUUAACAAAAAUAAAUGUAAGAAAUCACCUUCCAUAGCUUGAAGAAUACGGUUACACUUCGUAAUUCCGAAGGUUCUUUAUUCCGACGGUUCGUAAUUCCGAAACACGUAAAUUGCCUAUACCUCGAUGUUCUUUAAUCCGAAAACGUAAAAGGGUUCGUUAAUCCGAACAUUUGUGGCGUUAUUUCGAAGGUUCGAUAAUCCGAAAACUAAAUAAGGUUCGAUGUUCCGAAGGUUCGUUAAUCCAAAGACGAAAUAAGGUUCGUUGUUCCGAAGGUUAGUUGUCCGAAAACGAAAUAAGGUUCGUUAAUCAUUAGUUUUCGGACUAACGAACCUUCGGAACUAUGAACCUCAUUUCGUUUUCGGAUUAACGAACCUUCGGAAUUACGAACCUCAUUUCGUUUUCGGACUAACGAACCUUCGGAAUUACGAACCUCAUUUCGUUUUCGGACUAACGAACCUUCGGAAUAACGAAGCUUCGGAAUUAUGAAUGUAUGCGGAAGAAUACACCCAUAAUUAUCCCUUGGUAUAUAUCGCUACAUGUACAUGUACCAUUACUUUAAAUAAAAGGAAACUAAAAUCCAUAGAAUUCUGACACACACAAGAAAUCUCCUUAAAUUGUGAUUAUUAACAACAGUCUUGAAACAUAAAAACUUUCAUAAAACAUUAUAAAUAUAUUAUAGUCUGAUUUAUAUUCUUAAAGAAAAAAUGGUCAUUCAAUUUUUAUCGAAAAAAGGCAGGAAUGUUUGGAACCAUGCUUUGAUUAUUCUGUUCCUUUUUUCUGGCAGAUUAUUGUGGCAUAAAUGUUGUAAAGGGUUCUCGGAUAAUCAUGUGUCAUUAUAGUAUAUGUGCAUUGUAAAGGAGUGUUGCAAGAAAAUUGCAAUCGAAUGUACAUGUAAGUCGAUUAUAUAGGUACCCAGAUCAAUCAUACAUGUAGGUUGCAAUUAAUGGUGAAUUUGCAUAUGAUUGCCUGUCUGCUUCAUUUAUCAACAAGUAUAAAACAAUUUGCUUUAGUUAUAAUUGAUUUAUCACUUGUAAAUUCACCAUUGAAAUUUGUAAUUUAUUGCAAAUAUUUUCUUGCAACAACCCCUGAUUAAAGACUAUAUGAUCAAAAUGUUGCAUUGUGGGUAACAAUGCAGGUACUGAACGAGUAGUAUAGGUCUUGAGAUGGUGCUGUUCAAAAUGAUUGUGCCAUAAUGACUUCAAGUGAUGUACAGUGUAAAAGAUGCACUCAUAAACGUAAAGGGAAUAAUACUAGUUGGUAAUGUCUUUCAAAGGAAAUGUUUGUUGUAGCAUAGUUUAAUGAAUGUAUAGCUUUGUUAUUUGUCUUGAUUGUAUACUCGUACAUUUUAAAGUUCUAACCAAUGUAUUUCUAAGUGUAUGGCUGAUAUUUUGCAUUUUAUUGUCAUUCCUUGUUUAAAUCUAGCAUGAAAAUAUGAAAUGUACAUGUAUCCAUUAUUACUGUCAUACAAUUUGUGAAGGCCGAUUAUCUUUUAGUUGCCUAUUUAUUAGUUCAGGAGGAACUACAUGUACAAUACGUUAUGUGCUAAUAGAGUCGGGUUAUUUGGACCCUUCUCACAGCCGAGGGGGGGGGGGGAGACUUUGCCCCCUUGAUAUCUCGGCCGCCGAUCGUGCGAGUGCCGCAACAUUUUGUAAAGGGGUACUUUGAGAUGAAUUGCUAUUUUCAGUUAUAUAGUGGGUGAUUUCAAGUCCGGUGUUGUUAUUGGUGUUGGAAUUUGGAUUGCUUCCCCUAGCUCCAAUUGGAUCAAUCUUAACUUUGAUUUUGGACAGGGGCCCAGGUUCAGUAUAUAAAUAAUCAGAAAAGUAUUUUUUGCUGAUUACGACUGGUACUACUACUAAGCCUAGAUUGUUUACCUUGACAGCCAAUCACAGCUCGCCAUUUAGUGUCCAUUGUCUCUUUCAGUUCUAUUAUAUGUUUCGCUCUGGCGUUCUAGUCAUUCAUGCGAUUUUACUCCGAUGAAUGCAUGUCGAAAAGUGCCCGUUUUUAAGAUAUUUUUUUCCCUCAGCCUUUUUCUUUUAUCUGUAUCUGCUUUUGCCAUUUGCAGAUCACAAUAAUGUCAUGAAUAGCAAAAGGAAAACACAUUGGCCCGUAUUCUGAAGUCGGGUCUAACUUGGACCGUGGUCUAUAAACUGUGCUAAAAUUAUGGGAAGCCAAACAUGUCAAAAUUUGUUCACAUGGUAUGUUUCUUACGACAAAUAUCUUUUUAUUUAUUCUUCCCGGACAGUAAAGAAUGAUUUGCGAGUCGUUUGAGCUGAUAUUAUGAACCGCUACUGCUAGAGAUUUAGGUCACAAUUGGCCAUCCAUAUUUAAACCACAACUUCGGACCAGUUUAAAUCAAACCUGACUUCAGAACACGGGCCAAACAGUCAAACCUGUCCAUAGUAAAAAACCUUUCUAAAAGUGGUCACUUUUUUUCUGUUUCCCAUGGCAGCCUUGAUAGACGGGUUUUUACUGUAGUUUUAAUGCUAGCGUCUUAUUCUAUCUAGGUGGUAUAUUAUUUUGUAUGUUUACAAUCAUUGGAUUUUAAUAAAUGUUCACUUGAAUCACA